UUUUUUUAACAGAGAAUUUGAAAAUGUUAAAUGUACACACUACUAACUACAUAAUUAAAAAUUAGUUUUAAAACAGGUAAUUUAACUACUGUACAAUUUUCUUUUUCAUUGAAAUGUUAUGAUUAAUUUCCGGGUUGUUUUUUCUACAUUAUGAAAUAAUAAGUUCAGUGAUCUCCGAAUUUGUCAAUUUUCACAAUUCAUAUUCAAAAUGUUAUGUUCCUCGGCUCGUGUACGCCAAAACUUUUAUCUGAUAUUUGGCAUCACUAUUGGCCUCAUAUUUAGUCUUGUCGUCGGUCCACUUUUGGAGGCGAGUUGUUUAUUUACAGUUUCAAUACUGAAAAGCGAUUCGAACCCUGUCAUAAUCAACGAUGAAUACGAACCUCGCAUAAAUCUAGCCGGAAAGCCUCAGCGAGCGCUCAAAGCCCCACAGACUAUACUUCGGCCAAGGUAUUAUUCCACAGAACUGGGAAUCCGAGAAAAAUUAUUUGUUGGUGUAUUAGCCAGCCAGCCAACUGUUGACGGAUUAGCAGUUGCUGUCAACAAAACUGUCACGCAUUGGGUUGAUAAAACCAUUUUCUUUGUUGACGCAACUGCUGAACACAAGCUGAAUGUAUCUCUUAUGAAAAUACCUGGCAUAGUAGGUUUUACUGAUAGCAGGACUAUUUUAAAACCUUUUCACAUGAUAAAAUAUAUCGUCGACAAUUAUUUGGACGAAUAUGACUUCUUUAUGCUGAUAAGAGAUAAUACGUAUAUAAAAGCUGACAAAUUAAUGGACUUGUUGAAGCGCGUCACCAGCGUCAGUGAGGAUGUCUACGCUAGCGGAACUGUCAUUGGUACCAAUUACUGCUCCUUAGAUGCUGGUAUACUUUUGAGCAAUUCAGUUAUUCGAAAAAUGAUACCAAAUGUCGAUUGGUGUGUAAGAAACGCCUAUUCAAAUUCAGACGAUGAUAAUUUUGGUCGAUGUGUUCUGCAUACUCUCGAUCUUCCUUGUCAAACAUCGAUACAAGGUCACCUCAUGAGUAGUUAUCGUUUAUGGGAAGCUAACGAUUUAAAACGAGUGCUUGAUCAACCACACCAACAGCAGAGCUUUGUUCAGGCUUUGACCGUUUAUCCGCUGUUGAACGCAGACGCCAUGUAUAAAACUCAUUUGGCAUUUUGUAAAAUUGAUUUAGAAAAAGCCAACAUGGAUAUUAAAGAACUGAGAAAAUCGAUUACCGCCGAAUCUGUGUUAGAACCGCCUGGUUUUGGCAAAGUUUCUUGGCCAGUCGGUAGUCAACCCGGAAAUACACCGGCUACACGUUUCGACGUAUUGAAAUGGGAUCACUUCACCGAAACUCAUUUAUACUUGGAUUCUCGUUUUAGUAACAUACGGCUUUUGAAUAAAGCUGAAUCUACCGAUAUUCACAAUGUUUUGAAUAACAGUAUUGAGUAUUUGGAGCUGAAAUAUUCAGGCAAUUUAAAAUUUGAACGAAUGGCAAAUGGCUACAAACGAUUCGAUCCUUCGCGGGGCUUAGACUAUAAGCUAGAUUUGAUUUUCCGUGACAUUUCAGGCGACAAAUUAGUUCAGAAAAGAGUUGAAGUUAGCAAGACCUUGGGCAAAGUAGAAAUGUUACCGGUGCCAUAUGUCACGGAAAAUACGCGAGUACACAUACUCUUACCAGUACGUUCACACGAAAAACAAGAUGCAUUUAGCUUUCUAAAACAGUACAAACAAGUGUGCAUCGAUAAAAAAGAAAAGACCAUGUUAAUGUUUGUAUUGCUGUACGAUGCUAACUCGCCAGGUAAAGGUGCGGCUGAUGACGUCUUCAAGCAAUUGAAGGAUGAAGCGACGUUAUUAAGUAACGCUCACAAGAAAGACGGAACAAAAGUCGCUUGGCUUUCAGUGCGAGUGCCAAACAUAAAAACCGUUAUCCUCAGAGACGCAUUAUUGGACUUUGCACUUUUUGAUUUAGCGAUAAAAAAAUUCCCUGCCGAUGCUCUAAUGAUGUUGGCUAGACCUAAAAUGGAAAUUCGACAAGAUUAUUUGAAUAGAGUUAGAAUGAAUACCAUAAUGGAAUGGCAGAUUUUUAGCGCCAUACCGUUUUCAGAAUAUGACCCUACUUUGAUGACACAUCCAAGACAGCAAAGUCUAGAUAUUAACAAAUCGCACGGUCAUUUUGAUCCGUUUGAUUAUGAACAUUUAGCGUUUUAUGCUAAAGAUUAUGUGUCUGCACGAAAGCGUGCGGAAUCUAUUAUUCCGUUAGUACACGCUGACCGCGACAUCCGUCAAUUAGCUUCGGAAACCACUAGUCAGUCUUUGAAAUCUGCUAAUAUGACUUCCCCGUCAGUUUAUGCCAUGUUUGUAGCACAUAGCGACUGUCAUAUGUUUAGAGCUGUGGAAUCUGGCCUACGAUUGAGGCACAAGCAGAGGAAAUGUGAACUGUAUGAAGGCGCCAUCGUAGAUCAUAUAAGUGCCACGUUGUACGGGGAUUGUCUGAGAUCUAGAAAUCGAAAUGCUGGUUCAAAAGGAAACCUAGGCAAGCUUGUUUUGGAAUACCAAAACCAAUCAAAGUGAUACCGAAAAGUUAACAAUUAUAGAUAAGAGGCGAACAUUUUUUUGACCGGGGGAAUUAGAAAAGAUUCUCGAAAAACUAUUAGGUAUUAGAAAAAAAUAUUUUAUAUAACUACUAAACAUGUUAUUUUUUCAUACAUUUUAAGUGACAUACUAAUUUUUGUAGAUUUAAGGUUGUGUGAAACAACUCGUAUAUUUUUUUAAUUAUGUAAUUUUAAUGAAAAUUAUAGUGAUAAUUGUUACGUAAAUAUUUUUUAUACAUAUGUUUUUCCUAACAAAUAUAUUUAUAAUAAAUUUAA